UUCAACAGAUCAUGAAGCCAUGGCAAACAUGAAGACUGAGUUUAUGGCUUUAUGGGAUGGGUUCUCUACUGAUCCGAAUGCGAGGGUUAUGGUCCUUGCUGCAACUAACAGACCAUCAGAGCUCGAUGAAGCGAUAUUGAGGCGUCUUCCUCAAGCAUUUGAGAUUGGAAUGCCUGAUCGCAAGGAGAGAGCAGAGAUACUGAAAGUGACACUGAAAGGAGAGAGGGUGGAACCGGAUAUUGACUAUGACCACGUAGCUCGUUUAUGUGAAGGCUACACCGGAUCAGACAUCUUCGAGCUCUGCAAGAAAGCGGCUUACUUCCCUAUCAGAGAGAUCCUAGAGGAAGAGAGAAAAGGGAGACCAUGUCCUGUACCUAGGCCGUUGUCACAGCUGGAUUUGGAGAAAGUACUUGCAACGUCGAAGAAGACGCAAGUUGCAGCAGGGGAGUACUGUGGGUUGAGAGGGUCAAAGGAACCAGAUGAAGUGGAAGCAGCUAUAAGUGGAAUCUCGAAGCUACUGGUCUCUCAGUUCAUUAACCUUCAGGCAGGCUCUCAGGACUCACGGAACCGGGAUCACGAAGAAGAUAACUGAUGAAACUCCGGAUCAUUUUUCUUUUAUCAUAAACGUUCUGGUUUCAUCUGAAAGUUUAGAGCUUUUGCCACAGUAUUCACUCUGUUCUGUAAUAAUUUUGUUAUAGGAUAUGAUAUAACUUGCUUUUUUGUCAUAUUUUCACUAAGAGGCUUUGAUCUUAUAUUAUAUGCUUCUACUAAAUAACAUUUUGCGAGUUGUAUAAAUGUCGCCUCUUUAUUCG